GAGCCGGGCCGGGCCGGGCCCAGCAGCGCGCGGGUGAUGCGGGCGUCCAGGCGGGGGUCGGCGGGUCCCUGAAACCCCGCGCCCGGGGAAGGCGAGGGAGCCCCGCGCAGCGGCGCGGCGUCGGGCCCGCCAUGGCCGGGGUCAGCUACGCGGCGCCCUGGUGGGUGAGCCUCCUGCACCGGCUGCCCCACUUCGACCUGCGGUGGGAGGCCACCAGCAGCCAGUUCCGGCCCGAAGACGCCGACUACCAGCAGGCACUAUUGCUGGUAGGGGCCGUGGCCCUGGCCUGCCUCGCCCUGGACCUCCUCUUCCUUCUCUUCUACUCCUUCUGGCUGUGCUGCCGGCGGCGCAAGAGCGACGAGCACCUGGACGCGGACUGCUGCUGCACCGCCUGGUGUGUCAUCAUUGCCACGCUAGUCUGCAGCGCUGGCAUCGCAGUGGGAUUUUACGGUAAUGGUGAGACCAGUGAUGGCGUCCACCGGGCCACCUACUCGCUCCGACACGCCAACCGCACUGUGUCAGGGGUCGAGGACCGCGUGUGGGACACUGUGGCAGCCCUGAACCGCACAGCAGAGCCCAGCCUGCAGAGCCUGGCGCGGCAAAUGGCCGGGAGGCCUGAACCCCUGAGAGCUGUGCAGCGGCUGCAGGGCUUGCUGGAGACGCUGCAGGGCUACACAGCGGCCAUUCCCUUUUGGAGGAACCCCGGCGUGUCGCUGGAGGCUCUGGCCGAGCAGGUGGAUCUCUACGACUGGUACAGGUGGCUGGGCUACCUGGGCCUGCUGCUGCUCGAUGUGAUCAUCUGCCUCCUGGUGCUGGUGGGCCUCAUCCGAAGCUCCAAGGGCAUUCUGGUCGGGGUCUGCUUGCUGGGGGUCCUGGCCCUGGUCAUCAGCUGGGGUGCACUGGGCUUGGAGCUGGCUGUGUCUGUGGGCUCCAGUGACUUCUGCGUGAGCCCUGACACCUACGUGACCAAGGUGGUGGACGAGUACACUGUGCUGAGUGGGGACAUCCUGCAGUACUACCUGGCCUGCUCACCCCGUGCCGCCAACCCCUUCCAGCAGAAGCUGUCGGGUAGCCACAAGGCGCUGGUGGAGAUGCAGGACAUUGUUGCCGAGCUGCUGAAGAGUGUCACUCGGGAAAACCCAGCCUCCAAGGACCACCUGCUCCGAGUCCAGGAGGUGCUGAACGGCACAGAAGUGAACCUCCAGCACCUCACAGCCCUGGUGGACUGCCGCAGCCUGCACCUGGACUACGUGCAGGCGCUCAUGGGCUUCUGCUACGACGGUGUGGAGGGCCUCAUCUACCUGGCUCUCUUCUCCUUCGUCACGGCUCUCAUGUUCAGCUCCAUCGUCUGCAGCAUUCCCCACACCUGGCAGCAGAAGAGGGGCCCUGAGGAAGACGGGGAGGAGGAGGCCGCCCCGGGGCAGCGGCAGGCACAGGACAGCCUGUACCGCGUCCACAUGCCCAGCCUCUACAGCUGUGGGAGCAGCUACGGCAGCGAGGCCAGCAUCCCGGCCGCUGCCCACACCGUCAGCAACGCCCCGGUCACCGAGUACAUGAGCCAGAAUGCCAAUUUCCAGAAUCCCCGCUGUGAGAACACCCCUCUCAUUGGGCGCGAGUCCCCACCGCCCUCAUACACGUCCAGCAUGAGAGCCAAAUACCUCGCCACGAGCCAGCCUCGCCCCGACUCCAGCAGCAGUGCACACUAGACGCCCGACGCCCGCCUCGCGCCACCUGCCCCGUGCCACCCACCCACCCCUCCUGAGCCAGCACCGCUGCCACCGA